UACCAGGAAGUACGCUUAGCUAAAGUGGGUAUUGUUGCUGUUUCACGAACGUGUGCUGUCAGACUGUUCAUAUAAAUCAGAGUAGACCUAAGAUUGUUAAUAUUUUCUGUAAAGCACUGUCAAUAAACGUUAGACAAGUGUGACAACGUAGUAGGAAGCAGACGGUGAGAACAGAAAAGAGUCUCAGCUGUGACAUGGAUUUCCAGGUAAUGACCAGCCCUGAGGAGAUUGCUAAACUCUACCGGGAGCAGAGUCACUUCCCGUCCCUAAGCCGUGCUGACGUGGGACUGGUGAUCACGUCUCGGUAUGGAGGAAAGUACAACAACAUCUCCACAGAGUGGACUCAGCGGGAUCUGGAGAGGAAUGAGAUCGUUAAAUUUUGCAGGCAAUACAUCGUGUUUCAUGACGACAAAUUGAUAGUCUACUCCGGGCCCUCUGGUAACUGCACAGAGAUCAAGGGAGAGCUGCUCAGCCAGGACUCUCCUUCUGGAGACAUGAAGGCUGUAGUGAGGGAGUGUUCCAUUAAAGGAGAAGAGAAACAGUUUCUUGAGAUCUGGCAUAAGAACAGCAAGAUAAAAAGUCUCAACUUGACUGCACUGAAAAAGCAUGGAAAGGUGUAUGAGGAUGAUCAGUUCGGCUGCUUGGUCUGGUCUCACUCUGAGACUCAUCUCCUAUAUGUGGCUGAAAAAAAGCGUCCCAAGGCAGAGUCCUACUUCCAGUCUGAAUCCAGUUUGGCUGGUGAUGAUGAGGAGGUAAUAAAGGCUGAGAAGAAGGAGGAUUCUGUCAAGGGUAACCAGUUUGUGUAUUAUGAGGACUGGGGUGAGACUUUGGUCAGUAAGAGCAUACCUGUACUUUGUAUUUUGGAUAUUGAGGGCAGCAAUGUUUCUGUCUUGGAAGGAGUACCAGAUGAUAUUUCCCCUGGACAGGCAUUCUGGGCACCUAAUGACACAGGUGUGGUGUUUGUGGGAUGGUGGCACGAGCCAUUCAGACUGGGCCUGAAAUACUGCCCCAAUAGACGGUCUUCUCUCUUUUAUGUGGAUCUCACUCGUGGAAAAUGUGAACAGUUGUCUGACUCUGCCGCAGUCUGCUCUCCUCGUCUGAGUCCAGAUCACUGCCGCAUUGUCUAUUUUGAGUGUGAUGUGUAUGGCCCACAUCAACAAUGCAACAAGCUCUGCAUGUAUGACUGGUAUACAAAGAGGACGUCAGUGGUAGUUGACGUGGUCAAGAGAGGCAGAGAAGAUGGCUUUACUGGUAUCUACAGCUCCAUGCUGUCUCAUCAGUGCUGGUCAGCUGACAGCCAGAGAGUUCUCAUUGCAUCUGCUCAGAGAAGUCGUAAGGAUAUUCUAGUGGUUGAUACUUCCACAGGCCAAGUUACAUCUCUCACCUCUAAGUCAGACAUGAGUUGGUGUCUACUGACUAUCCACAGGGAUUUGAUGGUGGUCAGCUGCUCAUCUCCAAACUGUCCUCCAAGUCUGAUGGUGGGCUUUCUGCCAGCAAGUGGUUCAGAAGAAGAGGUGUCUUGGUUGACACUAGAGGAUGCACAAAUGCAGCCUGAAAUUGACUGGCAGGUUCUUAGUUUCACCCCACCUCCAGAGGAGGACAACAAACAAUACCCUGGUCUGGACUUUGAUGCCAUUCUACUGAAACCUAAGGAUGUGAAAGAGGGAACAAAACUACCCCUCAUUGUCAAGCCACAUGGUGGACCUCACUCUGUAAUAGUGACAGAGUGGCUCUUACACUCAGCAGUUCUUUGCAAAAUGGGUUUUGGUGUCUUACAUGUUAAUUACAGAGGCUCUCUUGGCUACGGUCAGGACAGCAUCUUCUCCCUGCCUGGAAAUAUUGGCACCCAAGAUGUCAAAGAUGUACAGUUUGCUGUUGAGAGCAUUUUAAAGCAAGGCGACUUUGACAGAGAGAAGGUUGUUAUUAUUGGGGGCUCCCAUGGAGGAUUCUUGGCUUGUCACCUAAUUGGUCAAUACCCAGACUUUUACAAAGCAUGUGUUGCUCUGAACCCAGUCAUCAACCUGGCAUCCAUGAUUGGCAGUACUGACAUUCCUGACUGGUGUAUGGUGGAAGCUGGAUUUGAUCACAACACUAACACUAUGCUGAGCUCUGCUAUGCUGGAGCAAAUGUUAAACAAGUCACCCAUUAAACAUGUCACACAGGUAAAGACUCCUGUGCUGCUUGGCGUGGGAGCAGAAGAUAAGCGUGUACCUAAUAAGCAGGGCAUUGAGUACUACAAAGCUCUGAAAGCUUUCCAAGUACCUGUCAGGUUAUUAUGGUAUCCAGAUAACAACCACUCUUUGUCCAAAGUUGAUGCAGAAUCUGAUGGAUUUAUGAACGUUGCACUGUGGAUCAUCCAGCACCUCAAUCUAUAAUCACAAGAGACUAUGUAAUAUACUUAUAAUGGCCUUACGUAUUUAAAUUAAAAUAUAGGCAAUCUGAAACACGAAUUUGUUGUUAGGCCGUUGAGGUUUAUUUGAUAACUAUGAUAAGUAAGGAAGAUAACUAAGUGUCUCUUUCAGUUUGUUAGUAUGCAAACAUUAAGAAAAAUUGUAUUGGUACACUAAUGUGUUACUUGAAGUUUAAAUCAAACUGAUCUAAAUAAGACACUUGAAAAUGUACUGAACACAGCAGCUUAUUCAAGCCAUAAUUUUGUGGCUGCUCUCACAAAUGAUCUUUGACACUUUCGAUUACUAUACUGAUGUUCUUAUUUAAAAAUAAUGAUGUAUUUUCAUUCUCUCUUUUGUCCCUCUCUCUCUUUUUUUUUUUUACCAGAGCUUUAAUGGUUCUUUCUUCUGUAAAUGUUUGAUACACUAUGGAUAAUCCAUGUUGAUUUUCAAAAUAAACAUGUUUAAAAUGUG